AUGUCGUAAUCUACACUCAAGAUUGAUAAGGGAGAAGGAAAUAGUUUAACUGAGUUUUUACUCUCUAAAUCAUCUAUGCAGUUUACUCCUUCUAUCAUAGAUCAAAGCAUUUAUGACUCUAAUUUGAUAAAAUCUUUCCACUCUAACUUUCAGUUUUCUAUAACCCCAUAAGCAAUGCCGACUAACAGUCUUUCGUAUAAACUUGACUCUAGAAUUUAGCCUCCUACUAUUUUCAAUACAUAAACUCCACCUCAAAUAAAAGAAAAGCAGGCAUAAUUAGAAAAAGAACAGCAGAAUUUAUAACCUUUACAAAACCAAGAAGGAGAGAUUAACUUGGAAAAACAUUUAGCUUAAUCAAAUUCAGAAUAGUAACCUAAGUAGUAAAAGUAAUUAGCCUUAAAGAUAAAGAAACCAGUAAAAAUAUAAAAUCAAAGAUUAUUAGCGAUACAGAAGGAAAAAUACUUGAAAAAGAAAAAGGAGGCAGCUAUUUCAAUGCUGCGAGAAACUUUUAAUAAGGCUGAUACCAUCCAUCCAGAUCAUUACAUUGAUAGUCUAGAUCUGUGGAAACUGCCAGAUAUUACCAAGUUUCUGAAGACCAAGAUCAAUUUCGAUUAAAAUUAACAGUCAAGAAUGGUAUAGUCAUUAGAUAAUAGAUCAAUGACUUUAAAGGAAUCCUAGAUAAACUUGGAGAGUUAGGAUGGAUCAACAGAUGAUCUAGAAGAUGAAUACUACAAUAUUGAUCUUGAAAACAUCAAUUAUCUGCCUGACUAGCAUCAGCUAAAGCUAGGCUAUUAGCAGAUAGAUCUAAUUAAAGAUAAUAAAUAAGGAGAAGUAUUCAAAGAUUACUCCAAGGCAGCACCUGAUAAAGACAAUUUACCUUAAAUUAGAGAUCUGUUUAUUAGACCAAAAGCAGAGGCAAGACAGCUCAAAAUAAAAUUAAAGAAAUAGAAACUAAGACCUUAAUUUGAUUAUUAGGCCGAGCAGAAAGAACUUUAAGAAGCUAGAGUUCAUAUAAAGCAAAUAAUUCUAAGUCUAGAGGAAUCAAGGAGACAUAGUAAAAGUCCCUAUAGAGAGAAAGAUUGGGAUCAAUUCAAAAAUUUAUUUUACUAUGAGAAAACAUUAAUCGAUUUAGAGGAUUAGUACUUAGCUUUCAAGAAUACUAUUAAGUAUCUAGAGGAAGAUUAGACAGAGAGUAGACUAAAGAAUGAAAUAAGAGACCUAGAUGAACAGAUAAGAUUAAAAGAUGGUGAGAGGAUUAAUAGAUAAAAACAAUUGGAACGAAAUGCUAGGGCACUCAUUAAAUCUGACGCAAAAGAUUAUAUCUAUGAGGAACAUAUAAAUUAAAUAGAGAAGUAGCAGAGGAAUUAUUUUAAGCUAACAUAAUACAAAGAAGAAUUAGACAGAAAAAUUUAGAAAACUGAGGUCAAUAUUGAAAGAAUGUAAAAAUAAAAUCAAUCUAAUACUGGUAAAAUUUAAGAUAAGCAAACAUCUUCUGUAUAUUACUCUGAUUUAGCAAAGACAUAUUCCUUGUAUGAAAAUGCUGAUGAAGAGGCUAAGGCCAGAGAGAAACAGAUAAAGUUAUUAUCUGAGAUUAAAUUUAGAGAGAUUUAGAAAUAGGUAAAGUAAAUUUAAGAAUAAGGAAAUAAAUACUCGAAAAAGCAACUAAAACAUUUGAUCGAUUCUAAAUACUUAUUGUAAGUGGAUCUAACAAAAUCUCUUAAGAAAAUCGAAGUUCAAAAUCAAAAUAUCAAAGAACAAAGAGAAAUCAUAAAAAGUCUAGAGGAAUAGCUACCUCUAGUUCUUAAUAAACAAAGUAAGAAAAAAGAAGAUGAAUAAAUGAAAAUUGAAUAAAAUAAGGACUACGAUCCGGAUGACAAUCUUUUAAAUUCAUAAGAAUUCUCUCAUAUAAUGAUGAGGAAAUUCGAAUCUCAUUCCCCUAUUGUCAUGGAUCAUGAAGUCAGGUUACCUUUAGUUGACAUUGCUGAAACUUAGCAAUCUCCUAGAUUAAUUAUACCUGUUUCCCCUCUAGCAAAAAAUAGACUUCCCACAGUAUAAAAUUCUCCUAGAAUAGAUUCAAGCAACAAUUUACAAAACAUAAGAAGCAGUGGAUAAACACCAAAUUAGGUGUAUUACAAUGAUCAUUUGCAAGCUCCAGUAAGUCCUCAAUCUAAAAAUAAAGUAACAAGUACACUAAUAGUUUCUGAUAGUCCUGCUAUAAAGAGUCCAUUAACAAAUAGUAAAAUUAAUUAAAAGAUAUCAGAAACCAAAUUUCCAAGCCCGAGGUAACAUGACCCAUUUCGCACCUCUCAUUAUAACGAAAAUCAAGAUGUUUAAUAUCCUCCUUAAUCUUUGAACCAAGUAAUAAGAAAUUCUCAAAUUAAUCAGCAUAUACGAAGUUCUUCAUAAAAGUAUCCCAACAAUGGUUUAUUACCUAAUCAAGCAAUAAAAUAAAAUACACUCAAUAUUCAUCAGAAAAAUUUGAUGAUGAUUGAAGAAAUAGAGAAGUCAUAUGAUAUUGUCAAUGAAUAUAUGGCUGAUCUUAAAAAAAACUUAAAAUUCUAGUAGGAUCAAUAGUCUUUAAGAGAAUAAAAAUUAUCAGAAAUAGAAUCUAAAUCCAAUAUGCCUUAGUUGAAUGCCAUAGAUGAUGAUCAAGAAGAUUUAAUGCAGUUGUAUAAGAUUCUUAACGGAAAUAAUAAUAAUAACCAGUAUUAAGCAAUCACAGGCUAAGGAAACUAAUCUCCACCAUUUGAAGGACCUCUAGGUGACUUGAAUGAGAGACUUUCUACUCAAGAAGAAUUCAAGUAAUUUACCAAGAUACAUACUUAAUCAAGCCACAAAAAGAUAAGCAGUGAAGAUUAAGAGGAAAAGAAGAUGCGUAAUUUCAAAAUAAAUUAAAUAUACUUCAGAAAUAUGAGGAUAUAGAGUAAUCCUAAUACCAAUCAAACCAAUAAUCAAGGAAGUAAUUUCAUUAAUUAAACAAAUAAUGAAAGAUAAUCAAGUUAAUAACCAAACGAUGGCAUUAAUAUUCAAUCUUAAGAAUCUAACUACCCAUAGCAACCAAUGAGUCUUUAGAACACUUAAGAAGCUUGGCAAGCAUUUCAUAAUUCAAGAUUUGAUGCAAAGGAAAAAGAUUUAUUUGAAAGAUUAAAAAACAAAACUUUCUCCUAAUAAAAAUAAUCAAUGGGGACUACUAACAAAUAUACUGAAAGUAAUAACAAUAACAAUAAUAAUCAUCAAUAAAAUCAAAAUGAGUCAAGGAAAUUUAACAGUGAUUUCCAUUAAUUUCUAAAGAAAAACAGCGUGCCUGACGAAUUUGAUAUUACUGGCGGUCUCUGGGGUAUCGAGUUCAUGGAUAUUAAUAAGCUUAUAAAUGUAGCUGAAAUGGCUCUGCAAAUAAAUUACAGAUGA